AUGGCCCUAAUCCUCCAAAGUAAGAGGCAGCGGUACUUGAGUUUUCCCGACUUGGGCAUACAAUUGGGCCACUUGGGCGGCAUGGGCCAAGGCUGCGGCUUCCAAAGAGCAUUUCAGCCCGACAGCGUUCGUGUUGUACCUCGGAGGGUGUCUGAGGCUGUUGGGCGAUGCGACCCCGUUGCACUGACUAAAAACAAUAGAUGA